CAGCUUGCGGCUGGAUUGACAGAGUGACGUCAGCGCGCCGCUGCCUCUCCCCGAGGGCAGGAUUAGUCGGGAGAAGCAGAGACAGCGCGCCGAUAAUCUCCCGGUAAUAAAUGGGGGGUGACGGGCACGUUCGAAACUGCCGGUACCGAGUGAAACCGGAGGCCCCCAGAGACUCCUGAGAUUUGGCUCCUGCAUUUGAAGCAAGAUGGGUCGCUUCGUGACGCCGCAGCAAACCAGCGCGUCCCGGGCAGGUAAACGCAGCAGCAGCCUCACCUGCAAAGCCACAUCGGAGGACAGCGGAAAUUCUCAGCGGACACUUUGCUGACUGACAGUACCCGGGACGGACAGACAGAUACCUUAGUGUACUUUUAACAUGGAGAAGAGCCGGGCAGAGUAACUAACAGCAGCCUAUAGUAACCACAAGCAGACUGUCAGAGAGGAGAACGAUCUUCACAAUGACCCGUUAAAUUCCUGCCGCCGAUGCAUUCUUUGGAGAGCGCAUCGAACAUCUCCUAACAGCAGAGGAGACGAGCAGAGAGGCCUUUAUUCGUUUAUUUCAGUCUUCAGAUGGACCGAGUGCCCUCGGCACUGGCCGCUAAGAUGCACUGGAUCACGCUGGUGCUCGCCGGCUUGACUUUCUGGGGCAAAGUGACUAUUUGUAACUGUUUCGACUACGAGGAGCCAGACUAUGAUAAUUAUGAAGAGGAAAGAGCGGAGACCAUUGACUACAAAGACCCGUGCAAAGCUGCUGCAUUCUGGGGCGACAUCGCUUUAGAUGAGGAGGACCUGCGAAUGUUCCAAAUUGACCGGACAAUAGACCUCACACAGCACACACACAUGCACACACACUCCCGGCAGGGACACACAUCUGGUGGCCUAGAGGAACAUGACAUUUCUAAGAAGAGAGGAUCUUUAUAUCUACUGCUGGAGAGAAUACGCAGGUUUGGCUUUGACUAUCCCCCCAAGAACGCCAGCAAGGGAGCUGCCAAUCUCAAGUGCCAAACUGGGAUAGGUGGGAAGACUGGGAACGUCGCGAAGAGCCGUAUUCCUCGAGCGGCUACAUCCCGAGCUGAGAGGAUAUGGCCUGGAGGAGUCAUUCCCUACGUCAUAGGAGGAAACUUCACUGGUAGUCAGAGGGCCAUGUUUAAGCAGGCCAUGCGUCACUGGGAGAAACAGACGUGCGUAACUUUCAUUGAGAAGACAGAUGAGGAAAGCUACAUUGUGUUCACCUACAGACCCUGCGGGUGUUGUUCCUAUGUGGGUCGUCGUGGCAACGGGCCCCAGGCUAUCUCCAUAGGCAAGAACUGUGACAAGUUUGGCAUUGUGGUGCACGAACUGGGCCACGUCAUUGGCUUCUGGCACGAGCACACGCGGCCUGACCGCGACGAUCACGUGACGAUCAUCCGCGAUAACAUCCAACCAGGCCAGGAGUAUAACUUCCUCAAGAUGGAGCCAGGGGAGGUCAACUCUCUCGGGGAGCCAUAUGAUUUUGAUAGCAUCAUGCACUACGCCAGAAACACCUUCUCACGAGGGAUGUUCCUCGACACCAUCCUUCCAUCCAGAGAUGAAAACGGGGUCCGGCCUGCUAUCGGCCAGCGGACCAGGCUCAGUAAAGGAGACAUUGCACAGGCAAGGAAGCUGUAUAGAUGUCCAGCAUGUGGAGAGACACUCCAAGAGUCAAUGGGCAACUUUUCGUCUCCAGGUUACCCCAACGGAUACCCUUCGUAUACACACUGUAUCUGGAGAAUAUCUGUUACACCUGGCGAAAAGAUUGUUCUUAACUUCACCACCAUGGAUCUGUAUAAAAGCAGUCUGUGUUGGUACGACUACAUUGAGGUCCGGGAUGGAUACUGGAGGAAAGCUCCACUGCUCGGCAGGUUUUGUGGAGAUAAAGUUCCUGACGUCUUGAUCUCCACUGACAGCAGGAUGUGGAUUGAGUUCCGCAGCAGUAGCAACUGGGUGGGAAAAGGCUUUGCUGCCGUUUAUGAAGCGAUCUGUGGAGGGGAGAUCACUAAGGACUCAGGACAGAUUCAGUCUCCCAACUAUCCUGAUGACUACAGACCCUCAAAAGAGUGUGUGUGGAGGAUCACUGUGUCAGAGGGAUACAAUGUCGGGCUCAGCUUCCAGGCCUUUGAGAUUGAGAGACACGACAGUUGUGCUUACGACUACCUGGAGGUCCGAGAUGGCCCUCUGGAGACAAGCCCUCUGAUUGGUCGAUUCUGUGGCUACGACAAACCUGAGGAUGUGCGCUCCACCUCACACACACUGUGGAUGAAGUUUGUCUCAGAUGGCACGGUUAACAAGGCCGGCUUUGCUGCUAACUUUUUCAAAGAGGAGGAUGAGUGUGCCAAGCCAGACAAUGGUGGUUGUGAACAGAGGUGUGUAAACACUCUCGGUAGCUUCAAGUGUGCCUGUGACCCGGGCUACGAACUGGCUCCUGACAAGAAGAGCUGUGAAGCGGCAUGUGGCGGUCUUCUCUCUAAGUUAAACGGGACCAUCAGCACUCCUGGUUGGCCUAAAGAGUAUCCGCCCAACAAGAACUGUGUGUGGCAGGUGGUCGCUCCCAAUCAGUACCGUAUCUCCAUGCAGUUUGAGGCCUUCGAGCUGGAGGGUAAUGAGGUGUGUAAAUACGAUUACGUGGAGGUGCGCAGCGGCCUUUCGUCCGACUCAAAGCUACAUGGUAAAUACUGUGGCACCGAGGUCCCUGAGGUCAUCACCUCUCAAUAUAACAACAUGAGAAUUGAGUUUAAGUCUGACAACACCGUCUCCAAGAAAGGCUUCAAGGCUCACUUCUUCUCAGACAGCCUGGCUCUGUGUCAAGAGCGUUUGAUUGUGUUUGAGUCAUGCCAGGACAUAAAGCGCGGCCGCUCUCCCUCUCGUGGCCAUUUCAACAACAAGCUGGAAACCUCAUCAAAGGUCAGAGACAAAGAUGAGUGCAGCAAGGACAAUGGCGGCUGCCAGCACGAGUGCAUCAACACAGUGGGCUCUUACGUUUGUCAGUGUCGCCACGGCUUUGUACUGCAUGAGAACAAACAUGACUGUAAGGAAGCUGAGUGUGAGCAUAAGAUCCACAGCCCCAGUGGGACACUAAGCAGCCCGAACUGGCCAGACAAGUAUCCCAGCCGAAAGGAGUGCACUUGGGACAUCACAGCCACGCCGGGACACCGCAUCAAGAUAGCUUUCAAUGAGUUUGAGAUCGAGCAGCAUCAGGAAUGUGCAUAUGACCAUUUGGAGGCCUUUGACGGGGACAGCGACACGGCGGCCAUCUUGGGUCGAUUGUGUGGCAGCAAGAUCCCAGAGCAGUUGCUCUCCACCGGCAACAAGAUGUACCUCCGCUUCAUUUCUGACGCCUCAGUACAAAGGAAGGGCUUCCAAGCUUCACACUCCACAGAGUGUGGAGGUCGUCUGAAAGCAGAAGCUCGUCAGAAGAACCUUUACUCUCACUCUCAGUUUGGAGACAAUAAUUACCCGGGUCACACUGACUGCGAAUGGCUGCUGAUGGCCGAACAGGGUUACGGCAUCGAGCUUAGCUUCAUUACGUUUGAGGUGGAGGAAGAAGCUGACUGUGGUUAUGAUUACAUCGAGCUGUACAACGGGUACGACGCCGACUCACAUCGACUCGGUCGCUUCUGCGGUUCAGGGCCCAGGGAGGAGAUCUACUCGCCGGAAGGCGCUAUGCUGAUCCGUUUCCAUAGCGACGACACAAUCAGCAAGAAGGGCUUCCACAUCCGCUACACGAGCACCAAGUUCCAGGAGAGCCUUCACACCAGGAAAUGACCUCACACGCGGCCCAUGACCUCUGAACUCUGUGCAGCACGCCCCCCCCCCCCCCCCCCCCCCCCCCCCCCCCCCCCCCCCCCCCCCGCCACUGUCACCCUGACCUUCAUCAUGGCAAUGAGAAAAGUACAGCC